UAUAUCGGAAUCGGAUGGUUUGCCGUUAAAAAAUGGACGGAGUUGAAUCAGCAGAAACCUCGUCAACUUCUGGUAACCCUGUCCCUUCCAAACGACCAACGAUCAUUAGAGCUUUUCCGAGAUCUGGAACCACUAAUAACGAUGAGGACAAUAACCAGAGUUCUAACUCCUCUACUGUGGACUCAGUCCAACAGCCUGCUGACAACAGUGAUACUGUGAUAAAAAAGACACCCCCAGCAAGACCAUCAACAGGCCCAUCUAGAGAAGCCUCUUUCGAGGCCCCAGCUAGGCCAGCCAGUGUACACCUUCGCAGUUCAGAGCUGAAAUCUGCCCCACGGCCAGCUAGUGUACAUCUUCGCAAUUCGGAGCUGAAAUCUGCCCCUCGGCCAGCUAGUGUACACCUCCCACUCUCACAGGCACCUACUGUCAAGGACAAACCUGCUGCUGGAAAACCACAGAGAAAACGACCAGAAAUUACCAUAGUGUCCGCCAGACCACUCAGUGAGGUUGCAGGAUUCUCCAAAGACACCUUUUCACCAUCAGGAAAGCCAACCCCAACUGCUGCAGCAAAACCUACUGUAGGAACACCAGCAGAUAAAGCAACAACUGCAGCAACAGAGGCCCCCUCAAACGUACCAAGUAGCCACCCUGUUGCUGCACCCCGACGCGGUCUAGACAAGGAUAUAUCCAAAACUACAGCUCCAGUUGAUGACAGAAAAAUACAGCCUCCUGGUGUUACCGGUGGAACUGACAUGUCUGGUGCACCCCCACCUCUCCCUACCAACCGGCCGAAAGGCCCGUAUAUCCCCCCUCCCCUACCCAGCACAAGGCCCAAGGGGUCUUAUGUUCAUCCUGGGUCGGGGCCCUCUAGUUCUGUUACAGAAGAAAAGGCCAGCUCUGAAGCCACACCUGUUCCCAAGCCUCAGCCACGAUCAGUUUUAGCAGACACUGAGGAAACACCCAAGGGUCACGCAGCUCCGAGCAGACCUCCACAGCCGGUGACUCACAAUCACGUGUCAGACGAGUCAUCCAAGCUACCCACUCCCAGGAAUAGGGGUCUGGUUGACAGUGAGAAGCCUGUGUUUGUGCUACCCCCAGCGCCAUCAUCUGAGCUUGAAGGGGCUAGUAAACCACAUAUUACUUUAAAGCCACCAGUGUCUGUGGAACAGCCAAGUCAGGCACCUGUAGUUCACUCAAAAACACAAGAGACUCCACAGUUGCCUCCAAAGCCGGCUGACAAACCAGCAUUGACCGAUCCUGUUACCGCCCCAAAGCCAGCAGAAAAACCACCACUGCCUCAUCCUGUUGCUCCCCCUAAACCAACACAACAAACUGGUAACACUUCAGCAAUAGCUGCCUCAGCGUCUUCAGAUUCACACAAACCUUCUCAGGGCCCAGUGCCCUCAAAACCCACUAUGCCUCUUAUGCCUCACGCAUCUGGACAAAAAUACUCUAGGACUGACAUCCUGUCUUUGUUUGACAGUACCUACCAAAAGAACUCCAAACCUGAGAGCAGCUCAGAUGCCCAGAAGAAGGUUGCAGGUGCAGUAGCACGUAAUGUAAGCACAGAGGAUGCUCUGAAAUUUGGCAGUACAGCAGCUACAGUAGCAGCAUCUGACAAAACAAGAUCAGGCAAUGAAGUCAGUGCUUUGCACUUUGCCAGUGCAGCAGCUCAGAACACAACAAAGCAGGAUGUGAAUAAUAUCAGUGGAGGGGUGAACGUGUUAAGACAAUCAGAGGAUGGCCAAAAGGCAGCUAGCUCAUUCGGCCGCAUUGCAAAAAGCACAGCAUCUGAUGUUAGAUCAGCAGAUUCCUCAUCAGGUGACCUGAAGUGGCAAGUGGCCAGCUCAGCUGCCAAAAAUGUGACUGCUGAUGAUGCAAAGAACAUUGGCAAGGCUGGUGUUACCUUAGCAAAAUCCGAACAAGGUCGUAAGGCAGCCUCCUCAAUCUUUAAUAUUACUAGAGCAAGCAUGAACCAAGUGAACCAGACCCAAUCACAAAAUCCACCUGCUCCGAGCCCCACAGCUAGGGCAAGACCGAAAAACACUGGACAGCAAAGUGGGUCCAGUUUUGGUAGCCUGAUGGGAUUGAUGCCUCCACCUAAGCCCCAAGCUGUAGCAAAGCCAUCUACUACAAGUGUAAAUAAACCAGCUCCAGUACCAAAGUUUAAGAUUUCUGCAGAGCCAACAGCUGCAGGUGCACAACGCUUCAAACCCACAAUCAUCAGACCUGGAGCCGAGAAGCCAGGAUCCAAACCGAACAGCCGGAACAAUUCACCUGAGCCAAAACGAAAGGUGCCUCCACCUCGGCCUGCCAGUGGACCUCAGGGAAAGUCCAAAGGUAGCGCACCACAACGUCCCAAUGCCCCAAGUGGUCAGCCUAAAUCAUCCACAUCAUCAGCCAACUUGAAACCCAAGCGACGGGCUCCACUCAAGCCAGGUGGUGCACCUCCUAGGAAGUCCUCUCAGUCGGAGUCCCUGCCACCCAGGCCUGGGCCUGGUCAUCUGCUCUACAAUAAAUACAUGGUCUCGGAACCCCAUGGGAUUGCACUUUAUGACUACAAGCCAAUCCAACCUGAUGAACUUGGAUUUAAGGCUAAUGACGUCAUUGUGCUUCUGAAGCGUAUUGAUGCUGAUUGGCUGAGAGGUCGUUGUGGUGAUGCCGAGGGUCUCCUCCCUGCAGCCUUUCUAAAGAUCGUCAAAGACAUUCCACAGACGGGCAACAAGCCAAGUACCAGUGAGCCGUGUGCAGUAGCUGUGUACAGCUUUGAGGGCGCUGCAUUGGAUGAGCUUCGCUUCAAGGAGGGGGAUAACAUUGUACUACUGGACAGGGUUGGGGACCAGUGGUACCGGGGACAGUGCAAGGGACGCACUGGCAUCUUUCCAGCCAAUCACGUCAAAGUUAUUGAGGAUCUUCCAGUAAAAUCACUUACCGUAGGAAGCAGUAACAUAAGUGGGCCAAGAUGCACAGCCAAAUUUGACUAUGACAGCACCAAUCCUGAAGAUCUGACAUUCAAAGCGGGGGAUGUGAUCAAGCUUGUGGAGGAUAUGGGGUCGCAGUGGCUGAAGGGUCGACUUGGCAGCAAGACGGGAAUCUUCCCAGAAUCGUUUGUGGAUAUCACUGAGGCUCUACCCGCAAAGACAUCAUCGACUGUGAUGAAUGGAAACUCAGGUAAUGUGGUUAAAGCCAUGUUUGACUUCAGCGCUGCUGAGAGUAAUGAAAUCAGUUUUAAGGCAGGUGACAAGAUCACAAUCUUGAGCCAGGUCAGCUCAGAUUGGCUUCAUGGUGAGCUUGGCAGCGGUCUCAGGGGUAACUUACCCUCAACAUUUGUGGAUCAUAUCCCAGCUAAUUUACCAUCUUUUACAGCUGAUAGUCCAUCUGAGAUUGGAGAGUGCAUUGCCAAGUUUGACUUUGAGCCUGCGGGUGAGGGGGAACUAGCCCUGAAGAUGGGUGACCGAGUCACUCUACUAGAAUAUGUAGGAGAGGACUGGCUAAGAGGACGCAUUGGCUCAAAAGAAGGCAUCUUCCCCAAGACAUUUGCUGAUAUUGUCGGUAAAGGUGGGCCAUCCAGUGGAGGGCCCAGCCUGGGAACCUGCAAAGCUGUUUACGACUUCCAUGCAGAGGAAGCAGAUGAGCUCAAUAUCACUAGUGGUGAUGUCAUUGAGAUUCUGGAAUACGUCAGUGCUGAUUGGAUUAACGGUCGACUGAAAGGCAAGACUGGCAAGUUUCCAAAAGCUUUUGUCGAUAUAAGGUGAUGUGGCUAGAGUAUAUGAAGCUAGUGUAAAUGGUGUACAUGUAUCAUAUAUACAAGCCAACAGUAUUUUUUAUUUAUCAUAUAUUUUUAUCCCAUAAAUAUGUCUAUACGCAUCCUUAAUGUAGAUUACAAAUAUAUUAUGCAUGUCUACAAUACCAACUACAUAAACAAACACAAAUGUGUUAAUUGUCAUCUACACAGUUUCAUAGUUUUUGCUGUACUUAAAUUAUGUAAGAUGAAUCAAUGAAUUGAUGUUUGCCCUCGCUUGUUAUUGGCCCCUGCAUAUGAUAGAAAUUAGAAAGUGGCUUUAAAUUUAGACCGUUAGCUAUUAGUGCCGUUGUAUGUGAAGCAUGACAUAUGUAAGUCAGAGUGCUCCUUAAUACUUAAAUGGACAAAACUUACCAAAUGAUUUUUAAAAAUUUGCUAGAGCUACUAUUCAUUUCCCGGUCCUUAUACUAACAGAACAGAAAUCAGUACCAACUGCCACACUACCUUCAUAUUUGUCAGUGUUCAGAAUUCUGGUGCAACUGAGUUGUACAUCCAGAAAUUAGCUUUCACUUACAACUGCAAAUGAAAACGUGGACAAGUGAAAAAGUGUUCAACAGGACCACAUCAUCUAGCAAAUGUUAUUCACCCCACCCAUAACCUCCACAGCGUGAUUUUAUGAAACAUGUGCAUGUUCAUAGCCUUGGAGGGAUAACCAAUAAGCUGUAUGAUGUACAGCCUGAGAGCAAUCUGUAAUCAGAAUGCAGAAUCACACAGUAGGGUGCUCAAGCACCAACAGAUAUAAUUGUUUUUCAGAUGACUUGUUCACUGAUGGAUAGGCUUUGUGCUGUGUGCUAAGUAAAAUGGCCUUGUAUGCUGCUCUGUACAUCUACAUAUAUGAAAUCCAUUAUCCUUACUCGAAACAUUGACACUUGAAAAACGGCAUUUCUUCCUAGCUAAUUCACAUUAAGUGUAUUCCUACAAGUAAUGAAAGGGGCGAUUUUAAUACAAUGGCUGAAGUGAGUUUGUCCAGAUACAAAUAAUUCUAGAUUUAGUUAAUCCUUUUUUUUUUUUUUGGCUUCAAAUUUGUUGCAUUUAUUGAUUGCAAUUAAUUCUUUAUACGGGGUCAAUAAACAUUUGUAUACAAUGUACAAUUUUGCCAGAAAUAAAGCCAUACUGAGAAAUGCUAUUAAGAGAGUGAAAUAAGAAGUGGGUUCUUUUUUUCUUGGGGGGGGGAUGUUAAUAAUUUAAUCAGUUUAGAGAUGUGUGACUUGCACACACAAAAUUAUCAGCAUCUGCUUUGCUGAAGGUAUUUUAUAAGCUGUUUACAUUUCAGUAGUUGGAACUAAACAGCAGAAGAAAAAUCUUUAGGUAAAACAAUUAUGCGAUUUUUUUCUGGAAUAAGUAGUUAAAAAUUAUGUUUUUACAAAAAAGUGGUCAGAUUUUGUCAAAGAAAUCCACACUCUCCCAACACAUUAUAGAUUCAUAAAUCUUUAAACCAUUAGAAAGGCUGGAGACAAGCAUGUUUAUAGUUGCAGUACGAAAGGCAUUAGUAAUUUGUUUGACAUUUCCAUGUGACUUUGUUUAAAUUGCAAAGCGUGUGACCCAUCCUGUGCACAAAAGAAAAUUGUGUGUUUGACAAAUUGCCAAACAAAUUGCCGAUUGCUUUGGCGUAUAGAUGAGAUUGCCAAAUUAAAGGCAGUGUUAAUUUAAAAAAGGCAUGUUCCUCAAUUAUUUUCCCCGCAGUGAAAGUUUCUCUUCUAACAUCCAUCAUAGUGGGGGGAAAGGUAUUGAAACAAUCUAAGUUUACAUAGACACACAAUUACAUAUGUAUUUGGUAUAUUUGAUGGUCAACCUAAGGUCUGAAUAGAACAUGUGGGAGGCUGAAGAAAGGAGUGAUUAUACGUGUAUUGAAAGUUAUUCACUGACUAAGAAUAAUCUUAGCUUAAUUUGUGGUGUGGUUCUGUUCAUUCGUUUGCAGGUUAUCAUGGUAUUUUUUUUACAGAGAGUGAAUAAGAAACCUAAAGUAAAACUGAGUAUCCUCAUAUUAAAGAACAAGUUAAUUUACCUAUGUUUGGUUAUUUAUUUUUUAUUAUUACACUUUAUUAUGCCUUUAGCUAGUGUUGCGUCAAAAUUAAAUGGCUAAAUUAAUUCAUGUGUCUCUUUAAUAUCUAAAUCUAAUAUCUAAUAUCUGUGAAAAAGAUUUUGUGUCUGGAUUCAGUGACUUCAAGUAAUGAUCUGAGACGAGAAAUGUUAAGUUACCCAUUCAACAAAGUCAUUUUGCGGGUAUAGUGUACAGUAAUUAUAGCGAAUGAGAGGUCAAGUAGAGUGAUACUUGUUGCUCAUGAUGACUUAAUGGCAAAAUUGUCAACUCAAACCGACCUUUGGUUCUUGGGCAUCUAUCACCUGCUAUGAAGAAUUACAUUGGUGCCCUCAAAAAGGCAGCAUAUUAUAUCAAUGACAAUUACUGUGCGACUUUGUCAGGUCAUCAUUUUCUUAUUUUGAGAACUAAACUAAAUAUUAUAUGGCAUUUUUUGAAUCACGGCUUUGGCUUUGUGUCACCAUGAAGCCUCAAACUUGUAAUCCAAUUGUUUUUUCGCGCUUUUUUUUUGACUUAAAAUGUUGGACUAAUGUGCAAUGGUGUGCAUGUAGCCCAAAAAGGGAAAACAACAACCAGACAAUAGUGAAAACCUUUCGAGGGCCAAAACUGAUUAAACUAAAAGCUGCUUAGUAAAUGGCCUAUACAACAGACCAGAGGCUUUAAUCUUUUGCUAAUUUUAUACUCAACAAUUUUUUAAUGUUCAGUUAAAGUUGCAAUAAAAGUAAUUUUUGUAAUAUGUUUUGCUGCAAUAAAUGCUUAUCACGCUCAAGUAGUAGCUACUUAUGUGCUUUAAAGAUCUAUGUAAGGGGUGUUGCAUUUACAAAGGUACAAAUGUGUAUUAAUGCCUAAAUAUUAACUGUCUAAGAAAACAAAACUAUAUAAUUGUAUUUUGUUCUAAUUAAUCUACAUUAUGGGCAAUUUACUACAUGUGUGGAAUUCCUAUGACAUUUUAUUAAAUCUACUUGCAUUAGAUAGCGUUCCUGCAAAGAAACAAGUUUAAUCUCUGAAACCUCUGACGAAAUUAGUCUGACUACAAUGUGUGCGAUAGUGGAAAUUUCCGCUGUCUUGUCAGAAAUGUCAGGAUCAAGUGUUCGUAUGGAUUUAGAUUAUUCAGUGUUUCUUCGAACUGUCAUGCUUACAUCGAUUAAUCCAUAAACUGCAUUGCAGUUGUCUGCACUUCUGAAUUUGAUGUAGCGUUAUCACGCUAGUGUGUGCUCUUGUUUUCAGGUUUGGGUAAUGGGAAUGUAGAUUGUUUCAUUCCAUUAAAUGCUAAUUUGUGAAUAAUGAUGUUAAUUUGAGCCAGUCUUCCAGCGCGUAUACUUGCCACCACUUCUGGCUAACGUUCUUUUUUUUUAACGUGUGGUGUACAUUUACUUUAAACCCUAAAACGUUGACCCAGAAUAUUUAUACAUGUACCAUAAUGUUUGCAUCGUACUGAACUUUACAACAACUCGCUUUGGGCAACUUCAAUUUUGUACCUGCAGGAUUGCAGGAAACCGAGGCCGGAUUGUGACUGUGCUGCGUGCAAUUUCACAGUAAUUGUGCUCAGGUAACUCGAGAUAAUAAUCACCAGAGGGACCCGAGCCUGCACUGCAAGCAGCAAUAGCUGCGGCCUGCAGGGAAUCGAGCAAUUUUCUUCUAAUAAUUUGGAUUUCUCAGGCCAUAUAUUAUGUGAGGCGGUUUCCCCAAAUAAACAUUAAAGCCAGCUGACGAACUUUGUGUUGAUUAUGAAAGCAGUAUUGUAAAAAAAAUCUUUAAAAUGAAGGAAAAAUAGGAAUUGAUUUAAUUAAACGUUUCAUUUGGCUUCUCAAAGUACGCAAAAUUACCCUCUUUUAGAAUUAUGUCUGAUCGUUUUCAGUAACCAAAAUUUCCGUGACUUUAAGUCUUUUGGCUUAACUUGGGUUGUUUUCACUUUAGUAAUGCAGGCAAAAUCAUUAAGUAAAUGUCGGUCGUAAACGGAA